AUGACCCUCAACACAAAUUCUACAGCCAAUCUCGUAGAGAGAAGAAGAGAGGAUUACAUAAAAACAUGGAAUAACGGGAUGGUAUCGAAAUAUACGGCCUGUUCCAACGUUAUCGCAAAAGAAGUAUCAGACCUGUACAAUAGUGACCCUUCAUCAUUUAGACAUUGGCAGAAUGAUUUUCUGGGCAAGAAGUUCACCCGUUUGCUCAAAACCAGCGGAGACUGUCCACCGGAACUUGUCGGAGAUUUGGUCAACAAGUCCCUCAAUUUGCUACGUGGCGAUUCAGUUCUCAGGAAUCUUCUCAUAGUUAGCGACGAUAAGUUUGUUGAAGCGGUUUUAACUCGCCUCGUUGAAAUGUGUCUCUCUGAAACGGUUAUGAAUUAUGGACUUGAUAGACCAUAUGAAGACCCUAAAAAGAUCAAGAAGAUCAAAAAGUUGUUAGUCAGAGCAACAAGUGCCGCAUCUAUAGCCCAAACAGCGGCAAAAAUUUGGGGAUGGAGGAGUGAAAAUGAAAGAGUACCAUUGCCACCACCAAUUGCCGCUCCCUCCAAAUUGGCUUCAGAGAAUUAUUACGUUUACGUCUGUGGAUCCGGAAAAAAUUCCAAAAGGGUCCUUAAGUCAACAUCUUCCAUAUCAACCAGUUUUAAGGACGGAACUAUACCGUUGCCAAAAGUUUUUAUGCCAUUCCAGUCAAAAAUCAGUAACGAGCCACUCGAACUUCAGCUCUGCGGGCAAGAGAAUAUACAAGCCUCUGGUGCUGAUGAAGAGAGUUUGACUACGGUACCAGAGGUCGCACUUGGAACAAUUGCAGAUGCGAUAACUCCGGUAGAGAUUCCAAAUAGCACGGAAUCUGACAGUUCAGAUUCCCCAAAAAGUCAAAAGAGGGCGUUUAAAAGGAGGUCAAGCGAGAAAAUCCUAAGGCCUGGAAGAGGGAGACCACCAAAAAACGCCACAAUCGUUAGGACAAUUAGGGGGACAUUGGAUCGAAGGAUACACAAGCUCAAGGCCACUGGAAAGGAGACUACAAGAAAGGGACCAAAGCCCAAAACUUUGCAUAGAUCAAGGGGAACGCAGGAUAAGGAUGACUUAGACUCCUCCUUUGGAAAUGCCUCUGAUAUUUCUGGUGAUGCUACAUCUGAAGCCCCUGCUGAAAUUGAUGAUGAGCAUUCCGGAGAACCUGUGCAAGGGCGCAAGAGGAGGGAAAGAAAUGACAUAGAAGAACAGGUUGAAGCGGUAGGAAUUGAAAAACAUGUUGAAAACAGCUCAUCACACGCAGCUGAACCUCCAGAUUAUUACACCAAGGAACCUACGAGCAUAUUGGAUUUAUUUAGUGGAUUUUCCGGAAUUGGUGACGAACCCAACGAGACAGAUGUGCACGCUCCUCCUGCUGCAGAAAAGGCAAAUGAAGAGAAGCCACUGAUUAGUAAAGACGCGGAAAAACUAGAGGGACGAAGGACCAGGAAAACUGUGGAAAAGAGAAAGACCGAAGAGACUGUCUGGGAUAUGGUCCAAAAACAUCACAGGACACGCGGGACAGUCAAAAAACCAAAGGUUGUAGAACAAAGCACUAAAAACACAUAUAGUGACUUUGUCGGAAACGAAAUGGAAAACUUGAUUAGGGAGCACUCGCACGUUAGUGAACACGUGCCAUCAUCACAGACGGAACCAUAUGCUGAUGCAUAUAAGAAACCAAAAUCUCUAAAGUGGUCCGCUGCAGAUACCAAGAGGUUUUAUAACGCUAUUGAAAUGUUUGGAAGUGAUCUCAUGCUUGUCAGAGCAUUUUUGUCUGAAUUCACAGAUCGACAGGUUUAUGAUAAGUUUAAACUUGAGGAACGAAAGAACCCGCAGCUUGUGAAGAAUGCACUAAAGAUACACAGAAAUAUUUCUCUUGGUCAAUAUGAAUUAAAACACGGAAAGAUUGACGUAAACACACACUAUGAUCCAAACAAGGAUCCAUUCCUCACGGAUGACGCGCCAACAAAGAAGAAUACACUAUCACUCAAUCACGAACCAAAGCCAAUCGAGAUUGCAAGUGAGACACCACAGGUUGGCGAUAUUCUAAACUUGUUCAUGUAA